ACUGCUACCAUGGCAGAGAACCCCAAGCUCCACUACUCCAAUGCAGAGGGCAGAAUGGAGUCCACCCGGUGGCUCCUGGCUGCAGCUGGAGUAGAGGAACCCAUAUACUGUUUCUGCUUGCAUUUUGAAGAGAAAUUUCUAGAAUCUGCAGAAGAUUUGGAAAAGUUAAGAAAUGAUGGGAGUUUUAUGUUCCAACAAAUGCCAAUGGUUAGGAUUGAUGGGAUGAAGCUGGUUCAGACCAGAGCCAUUCUCAACUACAUUGCCAGCAAAUACAAUCUCUAUCGGAAAGACAUAAAGGAGAGAGCCCUGAUUGAUAUGUAUACAGAAGGUAUAGCAGAUUUGGGUGAAAUGAUCCUUCCUCUGCCCAUAUGACAACCUGAGGAAAAAGACACCAAGUUUGCCUUGAUCCAACAGAGAACAAAAAAUCGCUAUUUCCCUGCCUUUGAAAAAGUCUUAAAGAGCAAUGGACAAGACUACCUUGUUGGCAACAAGCUGAGCUGGGCUGACAUUCACUUGGUGGAACUUCUCUACUACAUGGACGAGCUUGACUCUAGCCUUAUCUUCAGCUUCCCUCUGCUGAAGGCCCUGAAAACCAGAAUCAGCAACCUGCCCACAGUGAAGAAGUUUCUACAGCCUGGCAGCCCAAGGAAGUCUCUCAUGGAUGAGAAAUCUUUAGAAGAAGCAAGGAAGAUUUUCAGGUUUUAAUAAAGCAGCCAUGGAGGCCAAGAACAUGCAAGACGAAUAUUCUAAAGUUUUGCAACAAUAAAGUACUUUACCUAAGUGUUGAUUGUGCCUGUUGUGAAGCUAAUGAACUCUUUC